UUACACCGUGGUACCGUUUACUACCUGCACUCGCCAUCGUCUCUGUAUUGUGUCACAUUCGCUUCUCGUUUGUACAGUUUCCGCGCCCAUCCGUCAGCAUCACCUCGAAGGGGACGAAUUCGUUUUUCUUUCCGAAUCGCGUUUUCACGCGAAAUCUGCUCACGAGUAGUAGUUUCGAGUAAAUUUUUUUUCUGUUGUCUCGUCAAAAUUUAUUUCUUCUUCACUUCGCUGUCGAAUUCUAAUUUUUUCUCUUACACGCUCGCGUUUAAAAAUCAUUUGCACCGGACGGCCGCAGCGAAAAGAUAUCUUCUGACGAUUUACAACAGUUUCCUGACGAAAAUUUGCAGUUAAGAAAUCCACCCAGUCCAAAACUUGUAGUUUCCGGAACCAUGAGUCAAUCAAAGACUGGCUCUCCAAAGGGCUCCAAAUCACCUGAUGAUAAUUCAAAAUCUGAUGGUGUUUCUACUCCACCUAAGUCUGUACGUUCACCAUCUUCAACUAAGUCAAGUCCAUCAAGUAAUAAGUCAUUAUCUCUUGCUGAAAGACUUGCUCAGUCAACUAGAGGUAAAUCAAAUCCAACAUUGAAAAGCCCAGUGUCAAAAUCAUCGCCAGCAAGUCCUAAUGCUUCAACUUCUAAAAUUGCUAUAUCCAAAGAAUCUCCAGAUUGCUUAAAAUCAGAGGAUACCGAAAAAAUCAAUAUGUACAAUGGUUCUGUAGAGAUGAAAAUAGAAAAUUCUCAAUUUUCUGAUGAACAAAGUAUAACUAUAGUAGAAAAUAGAACAAAUGAAUUAAAUGAAGGUAAACAUGACAUUGACAAAGAAUCGAAUGAAACCGAGACUAAAGAAAAUGGUUUGAGUAAUGUAAAGGAAAACAUUGCACAAAAUGAUUUGAAUGAAUUUAUAGUAAAUGAAGACUUAGAAAGUUUAAUUAAACCACAAUGCAUUGAAAACAGUGCUAUUUUAGAACUUAAAUCCAAGAAAGAAGUUCGUCAAAAAAUUUGGGAAUUUAUGGAAGAAAACUCUCUAGUUGUUUUUCCAAAACCUUGCUAUAAUCGUAUACCAAAUUUUAAAGGAUGUAACAUAACAUCACAAUUAUUAGAAAAAUUGGAAGAAUUUAAAAAAGCUAAAACUGUUCAAGUCACUCCUGAUAAGGCUCAAGAAACAGCACGUUUUCUAACUCUUACUUGGGGAAAAAGGUUAUUAGUCCCAUUGCUUCGAUUGAAAGAAGGACUUUUACAAAAUGUGUCUCUGCCAUUUGCUGAACCAUCAGCUAAAUUGUUAAGAUCGGCUAGUACUCAGAAAGGACUUCGUAAAUGGGGAAAUAAAUUAACAACUUUGGACAAAAAUAAUGAUAGUCAUCAUAUAGAUAUGAUUAUUUUAGGAUCUGUUGCAGUUGAUAGAAAAGGUCAUAGAAUUGGUAUUGGAAAUGGAUUUUGUGAUUUAGAAUUUGUCAUUUUACGUUCAAUAAACAUGGUAACUGACAAAACUGUAAUAGUAACUAUUGUCCAUGAAGUACAGGUGUUUGAUAUUCUUCCGACUGAAAUUUUCAAACCAUAUGAUGUGCCAGUUGAUAUUAUUAUUACAUCUAAUGAAAUUAUAAGAGUUGAAAAUCGUCUUGAUCGUCCUAAAGAUAUAUUUUGGAAUUAUAUUUCUAAGCGUAGGUUGUUGGAAAUGCCACCAUUACAAUUAUUACGUGCUAAACAAGAAAAAGAUAAUGAAUUUGAUUGUACUCUCAAAGAUGUAGAUAGUGAACCUGAAGAAAUACCGCCUUCUCCCAAAACCUACAAGAAAACCAAAAAAUAUCGUCAUAAGCGUUCAUAUUCUACUCGAUCUGAUACCAAUGAUUCAGUUUUUAAAGAUUCAAUUGUUUCAAAAUAUCAUUCUUCUUCUAAGAACUCAUCAGUACCUACUUCUAAAAAUUCUGAUUUACAAAGUAAACGUAAUCGUGCUAAGUCAACUUCCAGCCAACAACAACGCAGUACCUCAAGUGAUAAACACGCCAAACAAAAUGAUAAAAAAGAACAUCGUUCUUCUUUUAAAAAACCUAAUAAGCGUCGAACAAAAUCAGAGUCUGCUAAAACUGCUGUAUCACCAGUAGCUGAAACUGAAUCUAAGAAUUCUAAUAACACUCAGGAAGAUUCACCUUCUAGUGAUACUCCUAAAAAUAAACGACGAUCUCGUCAAAAACACAUUAGUUCUGAUAUCGAAAAAGAAUCAAUUCAUCAAUCUCGUUCUAAAUCAAAUGGUAGUACCAAACAUAUUUCUCGUAGUAAUUCUCGUGCUACUAGGCGUGAUUAUAUUGAUCGUCCAGAUUAUGGUCGGGAUAUGUCUGUUGGGUGUAAUACUCGUAAAGAGUAUUACCCAAGUUCAAAAAAUUAUUAUUUAAAAAAUCAUCAUAGCAGCUAUUCUCAAGAUCGAUCAUCUCAUUCUUAUAUAAGGUCUAGUAGCCGUAAUCAACGAUAUGAUUCUAAUAGAUCAACAGGUAUGCAGUUAAAUAGAUAUCCAAGUGCUGCUAUUCCUGUUCGUCAGACUAGAUAUUUCAAUGGAUCAAAGGUACAUCAUAAUAACUUUAAUGGUCCAGUUUUACAUCAAAAUAAUAGCAACAAUCAUCAUGUUAUUCGUCAUAAUAGUUAUUCAAACGAUUCAAUGUCUCAUCAAAAUAACUAUUAUGGUGGAAUAAUUUCUCGUCGUAAUAGCUAUUCUAAAGGCUCAGCUAUUCGCCAAGAUAAUUACACUAACUCUAGAGUUUUUCGUCCACCACACUAUCGCAAUGGAAUUGAAUCACAAACUGAUGAGAGAGAGUAUGUACGAGAAUCAAGACCUCGAUUCAAUAACAAUCGCCCUGGAUACUUCAAUUCAAAUGAAAAACCAAGUUAUUCUAGAUCUAUAAGUGAUGAUGAAUUCAUUCUUAAAGUUGGAAAUAUUGCAAAUAAUGUCAGAGUACGAGAUUUAAAAGCGGCAUUAAUGGAACGAGGAGUUAAGCCACUACAUAUUACUUGGAGAGGUCCUAGAGGUUUUGCAUAUUUACGUUACAGUAAUGCUGUUGAUAUGAAUAAGGAAAAUAUCAUGGGAUCACUACAAAAUGUGCGUAUAAAACCAAAUGGCAUUGAAACUGCUCAAACUCAGACAUUAAUUGUAACUGAAUGCCAAUUUUCUUAAUAUUUGACUUUUCCUUAAUAAAUUUAAUUUUUUUUAAAAAAAAAAAAAAAAAAAAA